UCUUUAACCAUGAGAAUUGGUCAGUUUUUAAAGAAAAUCGAUGCAUUUCCCAAGAUUGUCGACAUAGAAGUGAAUAAAACCUUUUCCGGAGCUCUUUUGACAAUUACAUCUUCAAUUCUAAUGACAUUCUUAGUCGUGACUGAGCUUAAGGAUUAUCUUACACCUCAAAUAACGGAAGAGUUAUUCGUAGAUACAACCAGAGGACACAAACUUAAAAUUAAUUUAGAUAUCACGAUUCCAACAAUUUCUUGUGAUUAUCUCUCGCUCGAUGCGAUGGAUUCAACCGGUGAACAACAUUUACACAUAGAACACGAUAUUUUUAAGCGAAGAUUGAAUUUAGCUGGAUUUCCUAUAGAAGAACCGAAGAAAGAAAACAUUCAAUCAUCAACAAGCGCCAAAUUAAAUGAAACAAAAGAUCAAAAAUCAAAAGAAGAUGAAAAACCUGUUUGUGGUUCAUGUUAUGGAGCAAAUCAUAAUGAAACACAUUGCUGUAAUACAUGUCAAGACGUUAUCGACGCUUAUAGGGAGAGAAAAUGGAAUCCAAACACGGAUAACUUUGAACAAUGUAAAAAUGAGAGGAAACUUGAAGGAGAAUUUGCUAAGAAAGCAUUUGAUGAAGGCUGUCAUAUUUUUGGAACAUUAGAAGUGAAUCGAAUGGGUGGAAGUUUCCAUAUUGCACCCGGACGCUCAUUUUCAUUAAAUCACAUUCACGUUCAUGAUGUUCAACCUUUUUCAAGCUCCAAGUUCAAUACAAGUCAUCGAAUAAAUAAACUUACUUUUGGUGAAGAAUUCGGCUUUGGUCUCACAAAUCCACUGAACAAUCUCGAAGUUACUUCAAAAGAAACUGCAAUUAUGUAUCAAUAUUUUCUUAAAAUUGUUCCAACAAUGUUUGUUCCUAAAGAAGGUUCUCCGAUUCUCCGCACAAAUCAAUUCUCGGUUACGACUCAUCAGAAGUCCGCAGUUGCAAUCAGUGGUGAAUCAGCUAUGCCUGGUGUUUUCUUUAGCUACGAAUUAUCACCAUUAAUGGUCAAAUACACUGAGAAAUACAAUUCUUUAAGUCAUUUUCUUGUUACUAUUUGUGGAAUCAUUGGAGGAAUCUUUACAGUCGCCAGUCUCAUUGAUAGUGUUUUGCACAAAGUUGAGCGACAAAUAAGGAAGAAAAUAGAACUAGGAAAAUUCACAUAA